GGUGAAUAAUAACAUCACACACCACCACAUCUCCUAGCGGGGCCGGGCCGUAGUCCGGACCGGCGGGCGGGUAGCGGACCUGAGGCGAGUGAGAAAGAGAGAGAGACAGAGAGUGAGAUAGUGUGUCCAGCAGACGUCAGAAGAUGUUGCCCCAGCACCUGAAGCAGAUCCGAGUCCUCCAGCUCAACAACCAGGAGAACCUGGAGAGGACUCUGUUCAGACUGGAACAAGGCUUCGAGCUGCAGUUCCGUCUGGGCCCCAGCCUCCAGGGCCGCUCCGUCAGCCUCCACACCAACUACCCUGCGGCGGGGGAGGCCUUCCAGAGGAGCUGCUUCCGGGUACUGAGCUGGGUGAACCCCGCCGGCCGCGAGGACGACUCGGACAAGUACUGCUGCCUGGACCUGCAGCUGGCCGGCUCCUUCCACUUCCACUACAGCCUCGGGGACGGGGGGCGGUGCGGUGGGGGCUACCUGGUGGUGGACCCCGUGCUCCGGGUGGGCCCCGACGACCAGGUCCUGCCCCUGGAUUGCAUCACCAUCCAGACCUACCUGGCCAAGUGUCUGGGGACCCUGGACCUCUGGCCACAGAGGCUGCAGGUCGCCAAGGAGACCGGGUACAACAUGCUCCACUUCACUCCCCUCCAGACCCUGGGUGAGUCCAGGUCCUGCUACUCAUUGGCCGAUCAGCUGACCUUUAACCCCGAGUUCAGCCCUGAGGGGCGGAGCUACGGCUGGGCCGAUGUCGGCGCAUUGGUGGAGAAGAUGAAGAGAGAAUGGAACAUGCUGUCAAUCACAGACGUGGUGUACAACCACACCGCGGCUAACAGCCCCUGGCUGGCAGACCACCCGGAGUGCGGCUACAACCUGGUGAACUCACCCCACCUGCGCCCCGCCUGGGUCCUGGACCGCUCCCUCAGCCACCUCAGCGAUAGCAUUGCUAGCGGAAGCUACGUUGCUAAAGGACUUCCUGCUGAAAUCACCAGCGAGGCACACCUCAACGCGCUGCGCAGCGUCCUCUGGCAGGAAGUGUUUCCUCAGGUCAGACUGUGGGAGUUCUUCCAGGUCAACGUGGAGAACGUUGUGGCCGCCUUCAGAACCCUGCUGGAGAACCAUCCCAAACCAGACCAUAAUAAGCGAGUAGGGAAAGGGCUGAGGAUGAUCCAAGACCCUAGUUACCGUCGUUAUGGCAACACUAUUGAUAUGGACUCGGCCCUGGAGAUAUUUGUCCCUCAGAGCCCCGCCCCCCAUCACCUCCUGGAAUGCUGUGAUUCGCUGAAGCAGAGGCUGAAUGAGCUGAACGGACAGCAGUACCACAUCGUCCACCAGCACCAGGAGCAGGCAGCCAACUGCAUCGUGGGAACUGUUGUUUAUGAACGGCUGGCUGACCAUGGUCCUAAACUGGGACCUGUGAACCAGAAGAACCCAUUGGUUACCAGGUACUUCUCCUUCUCCUCCUUUGAGCUCCUCUCUCUGGAGGAGGAGCUGCGUCUCCUGGAAGUGCCGACUGCGGCGUGUCACUUCCUGGCGCACAACGGCUGGGUGAUGGGGGACGACCCCCUCCGCAACUUCGCUGAACCAGGCUCCAGUGUGUACCUGCGCAGGGAGCUGGUGUGCUGGGGCGACAGCGUGAAGCUGCGCUACGGCGCCGGCCCCCAGGACUGCCCCUACCUCUGGGCCCACAUGACGCGCUACACACAGACCACCGCACAGCACUUCCACGGGGUCCGCCUCGACAACUGCCACUCCACACCGCUGCACGUGGCUGAGACCAUGCUGUCCGCUGCCCGGGCGGUGCGCCCCGACCUGUAUGUGAUCGCUGAGCUCUUCACGGGCAGCGAGACUCUCGACAACGUCUUCGUCAACCGCCUUGGGAUCAGCAGCCUCGUGCGCGAGGCCAUGUCUGCGGGGGACAGCCAUGAGGAGGGCCGCCUGGUGUACCGCUACGGGGGCCAGCCGGUGGGGGCCCUGGUGCAGCCCAGCCUGCGGCCCCUGGUCCCCUCCAUCGCCCACGCCAUGUUCCUGGACAUCACCCACGACAAUGAGUGCCCCAUCCAGCUGCGGUCGGUGCUGGAUGCCCUGCCGAGUGCCGCUGUUGUGUCGAUGGCGUGCUGCGCCACCGGCUCCACCAGAGGGUACGACGAGCUGGUACCACACCAGAUCUCGGUGGUCAAGGAGGAGCGUGUGUACCCCAGCUGGAGCGCGGCGCCCUCUGCCUCUGUGGGGGUGACCAGCGGCCAGACUGGCAUCACGGCCGCAAAGAGAGCCAUCAACCUGCUGCACCAGGAGCUGGCGGCACAGGGCUUCAUACAGGUGUACGUGGACCAGGUGGACGCGGACACGGUGGCUGUGACUCGCCACUGUCCCUCGACCCAUCAAUCAGUGGUGACCGUCAGCAGAACAGCAUUCUGGGACAUCAAGACCCACCAGUACCCCCCCACCACCCCUCCCAUGUUCAUACCAGGGAAGAUCGAGGAGGUGGUGUUUGAGGCGAGGAUGGUUGAAAGGCAUGCUGGGAGUUAUAAGAGAGACGAUGACGUCAUCAAUGGCAUGCCGGAGUACUCUGUGGAGAUCAAGGAGCACAUAGCGCUAGCGGAAAGUACUCUGGUGAAGCCGGGGGUCGUGACCUCUAAGGGGAGGUCAGAGUUCAUCCAGGAGAUCACCUUCCAGAAGCUGACCCCUGGGAGCGCCAUCGCCUUCAGGGUGAGCCUGGACCCCCGGGCCCAGCAAGUGGUCGGGAUCCUCCGCUUCUACCUCACCCAGUUCAGCCCCAAGUACCGCAAGGGCAGCAUCCCGGACCUCCAAACACCCCCCGCGCUGAAGACCCCCCUGGCACAGCUGAUGUCCCAGCUCUCCCUCUCCGACCUCAACAUCCUGCUGUUCCGCUGCGACGCUGAGGAAGAGGAGGAUGGAGGAGGAUGCUACGGCGUCCCGGGCUGGGAGAAGUUCCGCUACGCCGGGCUGCAAGGGCUCAUCUCGGUGCUGGCUGAGAUCCGGCCCACCAACGACCUGGGCCACCCGCUGUGUGUGAACCUCCGUCAGGGGGACUGGCUGCUGGACUACGUCUCCUCCCGCCUGGUAGCCCGCGAGGGACCGCUGGCCCAGGUGGGCCAGUGGCUGGCCUCUAUGUUUGACUUCCUGAAGCUGGUUCCUCGGUAUCUCAUCCCCUGCUAUUUCGACGCCAUCUUGGUCGGGGCAUACGGAGCGGCGCUGCAGUCCACCUACCGCCUCAUGUCCAGUUUCGUCCAGGAGGGCUCCAGCCUGGUGCGGCUGCUGGCGCUGGGCUCGGUCCAGAUGUGCGGGGUGGGUCGGCUGCCGGCCCUGCCUCCGCUCUCCUCCUCGCUGGAGGACGUCCCCUACCGCCUCAGCCCCGUCACCGGGCAGAAGGAGCAGUGCUGCGUCUCAUUGGCUGCAGGUCUUCCUCACUUCUCCUCGGGGAUCUUCCGCUGCUGGGGGCGGGACUCCUUCAUCGCCCUGCGCGGCCUGAUGCUGCUGACGGGACGCCACCUGGAGGCGCGCAACGUGAUCCUGGGUUUCGCGGGGACGCUGCGCCACGGCCUGGUCCCAAACCUGCUGGGCGGCGGCCGCGCCGCACGCUACAACUGCAGGGACGCCGUCUGGUGGUGGCUGCAGUGCGUCCAGGACUACGUUACCCAGGUGCCCCAGGGAGAGGACAUCCUGCUGUGUCCCGUCACACGCAUGUUCCCAACCGACGACUGUGAGCCCCGCCCCGCCGGAGAGGUGGAGCAGCCUCUCCAUGAUGUCAUCCAGGAGGCUCUCCAGCGCCACCUGCAGGGGAUCUCCUACCGAGAGAGAGGAGCCGGACCCAAGAUAGACCAGCACAUGAGGGACGAAGGGUUCAACGUGGUCGUCAAGGUGGACCCGGAGACGGGUUUCGUAACCGGGGGGAACCGCUUCAACUGUGGUACCUGGAUGGACAAGAUGGGAGAGAGCGAGCGUGCUCGCAACAAAGGGAUGCCCGCAACGCCCAGGGAUGGCGCGGCCGUGGAGAUCGUGGGUCUCUGUAAGUCGACGCUGCGCUGGUUGCUGCUGCUACACAAGGAGGGACUGUACCCCUACGACGGAGCCACAGUACUCAGAGAAGGCAAGGAGGAGUUCAUCCAGUACUCGUGGUGGGACCAGGCCAUCCAGCGGUCCUUCGAGGCGUCCUUCUGGGUGUCGGGCGAGGCCGGGGACCCCCUCGAGACCCGCCCAGACCUGGUCCACAAACAGCACAUCUACAAGGACAGCUUCGGGGCCUCCAGCGCCUGGUGUGACUACCAGCUCCGGCCCAACUUCACCAUCGCUAUGGUGGUGGCUCCAGAGCUGUUCUCCACUGAGCGCGCUUGGAAGGCCCUGGAGGUGGCAGAGAGCAAACUACUGGGAACACUGGGAAUGAAGACCCUGGACCCAGAUGACAUGGUGUACUGUGGUGUCUAUGACAACGCACUGGACAACGACAACUACAACCUGGCCAAGGGUUUCAACUACCACCAAGGGCCGGAGUGGCUGUGGCCAAUAGGAUACUUCCUCCGGGCCAAACUCUUUUUCUCUAAGAAGCUGGGGGAGGAAGAGUACCAGAGGACCGUGACUCUGGUCAAACACCUGCUGUCACGGCACUACACCCACCUGGAGGGGUCUCCAUGGAAGGGUCUCCCUGAGCUGACCAAUGAGAGCGGGCAGCACUGCCCCUUCAGCUGUGAGACUCAGGCCUGGUCGCUGGCCACCGUGCUGGAGGUGCUCUAUGACCUCUAGGUGACCUCUAGCUGACCUCUGGGUGACCUCUGUGUGACCUGAAGACAACCUCUGUCCUGCAGCGUCCAGUGGUGCUGCGCUACUCUCUGUUAGAAGCAGGAAGCAGCGUCCAGCUCUGGGUCAUCCUGUGUCCUCAGAGUCACGUGAUCAGGAUCAAUAACACUGAUCGGUCUUAUUCUAAAGGGAAUGUUUUGUUUCUGACAUCUUAUGCACACAUAGUUUAUUUUACCCCAACAAAACCAAUAUCGAUGCCCACUACUAUUGAGAAUAGGUGUGUAUCACACGAGAGAGAAUAAAUAAUAAAGUAUUAAUGUUUGGCCCUAGGGUUCCUCCUGGUGGGCGUGGUGACAGCCUUUUAACAGAGUCAACUACAGAUAGUAUAUCAAAAUGAGUAUAUCAAAUAUAAUAUAUCAAAUAUAAUAUAUCAAAUAUAGUAUAUAAAAAUACUAUAUAAAAUAUAGUGUAUCAAAUAUAGUUUAUCAAGUUUACAAUGCUCUUCUUUUUAGCAUUUACUAACAUGCGAUAAUAUGCUAACUAGCCAAAACCUGCUGACAUGAUUUAAAAUGCUUACAUGCUGCAACGUAUUUUCAUGCUCCUACAUGCUACAUGCUUCAACAUGCUCGCAUGCUACAACAUACUAAUAUCCUUGACAACAUGCUAACAUCCGCUAACAUGCUUCAACAUGUUAUAACAUCUUCUACAUGCCCUGAUCCCAACAUUAUAUUGCAUAAAUGUAGUUUGUUCAGAGUCUGGAAUGAUCUAGGAUUGAUCAUAUAUCUAUAAACUAUAGAUGCAAGAUGUUUCCUGCUGACCCUGUCCCCUCCUACUAAAGAGUCCACCUUCCUCCUAGUUUACCACAUGUAUUAUGCUAUAUAUUUUUUAUAUAUUUAAAUAUAUUUUUACUAAUUCAUGCUGUGCUGUUUGAGGACAAGGGGAGUGGCUCCACUGCUGGGUACUAAUUCUACUGUGGUAUUACUUUAGUAUUACAGGGUCAUACUGUAGUGUUGCUGUGUGUCAUGCUGUAGGAUUUCAGUGCAGUAGAACUACUGUGUAUACCCUGAGACUAGGGCACUUUUAAGCCUGCUGUACUGCAUGUGUUGAACUGCUACAUAGUUCAGAUAUCAAGCUCUGAUUCAUGUUUAUUAACCCUGAACCCUGCGCACGAUCCUACUGAGAACUACCUCCAAGACUUAGUCUGUUAGAGAAACACCUGGACCUACCUUAGUCUAGACUGAAACACCUGGACCUACCUUAGACUGAAACCCUGGACCUACCUUAGACUGAACACCUGGACCUACCUUAGUCUAGACUGAAACACCUGGACCUACCUUAGUCUAGACUGAAACACCUGGACCUACCUUAGACUGAACACCUGGACCUACUGGACCUACCUUAGUCUAGACUUAAACACCUGGACCUACCUUAGUCUAGACUGAAACAUCUGGACCUACCUUAGACCAGACUGAAACAUCUGGACCUACCUUAGACUAGACUAAAACAGCUGGACCUACCUUAGUCUAGACUGAAACACCUGGACCUACCUUAGUCUAGACUGAAACACCUGGACCCACCUUAGACUGAAACACCUGGACCUACCCAACUCUCCCUUUCCGGUCUCCAUGGAGACCAAGCUGGUCUUAACUAACUGAACUCCCAGUGAGUAUAACCCUGGACUUCUCUGAGAGGCUCCAGCGGGACGUUGGGAGGAGAAGACAUCUAGCUAUGAACAGAAGUCAUGAUACCAGGAUGGUUCCGUUGUUUCAUGAGAACCUUAACUCUGAGGACCCCCUGGUGCCUUCAGAGACCAUCUCUCUGUGGUCUACACCUUCACCUGACCCUCCUGACCUCGUCCUGAGAGCAGUGGGUCACUUUAUGUUCAUGUCCUCAUGACAGACCUCUGGACAAUCUAACACGGAGCUCUUGUUCCAUGUGUUCCAACAGAGGUUUCACCAUGUGUUCUAACAGAGGUUCCACCAUGUGAUCUAACAACGGUUCCACCAUGUGUUCUAACAGAGGUUCCACCAUGUGAUCUAACAACGGUUCCAUCAUGUGUUCUAACAGAGGUUCCACCAUGUGUUCUAACAAUGGUUCCAUAAUGUGUUCUAACAGAGGUCCCAUCAUGUGUUCUAACAGAGGUUCCACCAUGUGUUCUAACAAUGGUUCCAUAAUGUGUUCUAACAGAGGUCCCAUCAUGUGUUCUAACAGAGGUUCCACCAUGUGUUCUAACAGUGAUUCCAUCAUGUGUUCUAACAGAGGUCCCAUCAUGGGUUCUAACAGAGACUCAACAAUGUAGAGCAGGAUGUCUUGUUGUUGCUACAUGCUAAUGCUAACGCUAGCGCUAACCUCUAAUUCUGCUCAUGCCUGUCCCUGCUACAAAGAGAGGAGAAUGAUUUAAAAAGAGCGUUGAGCUAGAGACAGCCCUACUGUUCCAGGAUGUUUGUGUGUUGAAGAGGAAACAUGGAUGUUUACCGUCAGAGCUGUUGUUGUUCCCAGAUUACUGUUACCAUGGAUACAACAAUGCUGAAUAAACUCCACAUUAACACAAUCUUCUCCAGCUCUUGUGUU